AUGGUUGCUAUCAACGGAACUUAUGAUGUGAUGCUGGUGCCUCUGCUCAUGCCGGUAUCACAGAUCCUCAACUUGCUGCCUCCCAACAUUCGAGGCAUCGAGCCUUCGCCGCUCAUUCCGUUCACGCAGGACCAGAUCACAUUGCUCGGUCUCGACGCUUCAGCGUACGAUGCACAGGUGAAUCAUCCUGUCAUGCUCGAACUGGGCUAUCAGAACCACACGGGUCCCGGUCCACGUUUCUUUCGACCAAGCUUCGACGAGGCGAAGCUCGAGGUACUCGGCAUGCGUCAUCCUUCGCUCUCUGGCAAGCAGCCAAACACAGCAGACAAGGGAUUCGUCUACAAGCAACUCAUCCUAUUCUCCAAUCUGCUGCUCUACACAUCUUCCAACUUGAUCGCCGGGCUGAGAAGCAACCUGGUCACCAUCACUCCAGCCAAAUCGCCCUCGAUCUAUCCGGUGGAUCAAGCCACGAUACUGUACAAUGUCAAGGACUACAUCGAGGUCAACUUUUCCAAGAAUGGUCAGCAGCAAUCAGCAGCGAAUAACGGCGCAAUUCAGUGGGCCGGCCGGCCCUGGUACGGCUGGGCAACGGGCGAUACCCUCACACAGUUCGUGUUCGAUACCAACAACGCCAAAAUCCCACCUGUGCCCUACAAGGCCGACACGCGCGUCAAGACACCGGCUUUCUACGAUCCUUCGGCGUGGGCUCAAGCAGCCCAAGUAAACCCGGAAUGGGCCGAAUUUGACGGCGUGGCAAGCUGGAGAUUCCAAGCCGACUACUACAGUCGCGACAUCAAGGCUGCCGAUGCUAACUCCGGAUCAACCUGA